AUGACUAGCAAGGCGGAGAAAAAACUAGCAGCGGACCUUCUGACGAGACGACGAGCGUGUGCCGAGCGAGAUGUGGUGGAGAAGUUCAUCUCGGACUACACCUAUGAACGGGAUUGCUGCCAGGUUUCGGUACGUUUGGAGACUCUUAACAAAUGCAACGAGUUGUUUUUGAACGUGCAGAACGACAUCGAGAUGGGUGACAUCGAAGAACGGUUCGAGGCGCAUUUGGAGUUCCGGGCGGAUUUCGAGGAUCGGUUUUGCAAAGCGAAAGGUUUUUUGCUGUCAAAGCUGGAAAUCAGGGAGCAUCUUCUGAGUUCGACGAUCAUGCACGCAUCGACUUCUCAUAGCAUGUCUUCCAGUUUCCAUCAUCGGCUGCCUAAAAUCGAUCUACCGAAGUUUAGCGGGGAUGAAUCGCGAUGGAUAUCAUUUCGCGACAAUUUCAUUUCGAUGAUCCACUGCAACGAGGACAUACCGAUCGUCAACAAGCUGCAGUAUCUGUUGCAGUCGCUGGAAGGAGAGGCAAGAAAACCGUUCGAGUCUGUGGAUAUCCAAGCCGAUAACUAUGCGUCGACGUGGGAUGCAUUGAAAAAGCGCUACGACAACAAGCGAUUCCUCAGAAAGGAGCUGUUCCGAGGCCUGUACAACCUUCCACCGAUCCAGCAUGAGUCAGCACAGGACCUCAACACACUGGUUGAUGACUUCCAGCGACACGUCAAGGCACUGGGGAAGUUAGGUGAACCGAUAGAUCAUUGGGACACUCCGCUCAUCUUCAUCCUGACGGAUAAAUUGGAUUCGGCGACGAUUCGCGCAUGGGAGCAGGAUACUCGACAGAAAGAUGAAGUGAAGUACGACGAGCUCAUCGAGUUUCUCAUCCACCAGGUCCGGAUGUUGAAAUCCGUGGACAGCGAUCUCCAGCAUCGUUCCGCAGCGCCCACCGUUUCCAAGGUGGCCGGACAAAUCCCGAAGAAACCAGCUUCCAUCCGAUCUGUUGUGAAUACUGUCACAUCCCAAACUCAAUCUAGCACUUUGUCAUGCCACUGUUGUUUGAGAACACAUCCGCUUCACCAAUGUCCAGCAUUUUCGAACCUGUCAAGCUCCCAACGGCGAGAGCUUGUGACACAGCACAGCCUUUGCUGGAAUUGCUUUCGCGCAAACCACCAGGCAAGAUCCUGCAAGUCCAAGUUUCUGUGCAGGAUUUGCCAAGCGAAGCAUCACACUAUGUUGCACGACCAAGCAGCACCACCGAAUGAGUUCUCACCCGAAAGAUCACAGCUCCCACAAGUGAAUCCAGGUCCGAGCGGUUCACUCAACCCACCAACGAUAAAUCUAUCCGUGCAUUCAAAUUCGACGGUUCUAUUGGAGACAGUUGCGCUGUUAGUUGUCGACCGAUACGGCAGAAAGAUUCCAGCACGAGCUCUUCUAGAUUCCGCAGCAAUGUCCAACUUUAUCACCAGGAAGCUGGCGAACGAACUCGCCACCCAACAAACUCCCGUGGACAUCGCAGUUGCCGGAAUUGGAGAGUCAGUCAAACGCAUCAGAAAAAGGUUAGCUGCCAAAAUCGUAUCCAGGAACAGCGACUUCUCCACCACACUCGAUUUCCUCGUCAUGAAGAAGCCAACCUCCCAUCUUCCCACAUCCCCGAUCGAUACAACUGCCUGGAAAAUGCCACAGGUUCCAUUGGCGGAUCCUCAGUUCAACGUUCCAGCAACAAUCGACAUGAUCAUCGGUGGAGAAUGUUACCACGAGUUUCACACAGGCUUUCUGGCAAAGUGGAUUCCAGCUCCACCACCGCACCGCGAGCGUGCUUCCUCUCCACCGUUGAUCAAACCCGAGAAACGAUUCCUGGGGAGUUCCGGCCAAUGGACACCACCGAUGGGAGCCAAAGGAUGA